CUGCCUCCCGCCAGUAGGGAGCGGGCCGAGAGGGAACGCGGCGGCAGCGGCGGCCGGAGGAGUUCGAGGUCUGUGUGCCAGCGGUGGUGGGGCGCGCGCCGGCUCCGGAGCCCGCGGAGGCCGGAGUGAGGAGCCCGUCGUCCACCUUGUCGGCGCCUCGCCUCUGUGGAGGAACCGCAGCAGCUGGCGGGAUAUUAGAAAUGGCUACUCCUCAAUCAGUUUUUAUCUUUGCGAUCUGCAUUUUAAUGAUAACAGAAUUAAUUUUGGCCUCAAAAAGUUACUAUGAUAUCUUAGGUGUGCCAAAAUCAGCAUCAGAGCGCCAAAUCAAGAAGGCCUUUCACAAGUUGGCUAUGAAAUACCAUCCUGACAAAAAUAAGAGCCCUGAUGCUGAAGCAAAAUUCAGAGAGAUUGCAGAAGCAUAUGAAACACUCUCAGAUGCUAACAGGCGAAAAGAAUAUGAUACCCUUGGACAUAGUGCUUUUACUAAUGGCAAAGGACAAAGAGGUAGUGGAAGUUCUUUUGAGCAGUCAUUUAACUUCAAUUUUGAUGACUUGUUUAAAGACUUUGGUUUUUUUGGUCAAAACCAAAACACUCGGUCUAAGAAGCAUUUUGAAAAUCAUUUCCAAACACGCCAGGAUGGUUCCAGUAGACAAAGGCAUCAUUUCCAGGACUUCUCUUUUGGAGGUGGACUAUUUGAUGACAUGUUUGAAGAUAUGGAAAAAAUGUUUUCUUUCAGUGGUUUUGACACCACCAAUCGGCACACAGUACAGACUGAAAAUAGAUUCCACGGAUCUAGCAAGCACUGUAGGACUGUCACUCAAAGAAGAGGAAAUAUGGUUACUACAUACACUGACUGUUCAGGACAGUAGUUUGUUCUAUUUUGGUCCUCACUAAACUCAACUCGUUGGCUCUUCCUCAAUAUCUUUGAUGCAAAACCAUUUUCUGUGAACUAUUUUGAUAAGUGCAUGAUUUCUUUUAACUUGAUGUAGCUAUUAAAUAUAAAUUGUUUUUGACAAAUUUAGCAACAUUCAGCUAGUAGAGAAAUAGCUAAAUAUUAAUUUUCCUGAUUAGGAAAGGUUCUUUUUAAGAAAAAGAUAAAAUUCUUCCUGGUCUUUUUCUUUCCCUGCCCUUGGGCAUCUUAACAUGGCCAGUUUUAAUACCAAGAAAAGAUUGAGUUUGCCUGAUAAAUAUUUAAAGAUUAAACUUUAAGAGUUGUGGUAGAUUUAAAUUGUGUGAACUUGAAUGAUUUUUGCAGUGAACUGUUGCUAAUUUAAAAUUGCAUGCUCUGUAGCAUCUCUAAUAUGGGUUGCUAAAUGUACCCGAGACUAUAAUUGGGUUGUUCAGCAAAGGAUAGCAGUAUCUUGGUUCAUUUCCACUGAAAGCUUUAGGAAGGCAUGGCUUAAUAGUCACUAGAGACUUAACUUCUUUUUUAGCGUUGGGGUACAGGAAAUGAUUGUAAAGCUUAUAUAGACAUGUAGGAUGAAGGAAAGUUGAAAAUUCAUGAAAUAUUGCCAAGAGAUUGUUACGUUUGGUCCCUACCUAAUGAUUUUGUAGUGUUCAAGUCAUAGCUACUCUACAUAUCUUUUACAUUUCUUUCUUAGUUGUUGGCGCUCGAAGUCUUAAUAGGAAUUUAUAUAUUUUGUGUGUGUGGUUCCUCUUCUCUGCACUCACCUUUAUCUAGAAAUUGACUAAUACCUCAUUCUGUUUGUAAAAACAGCCAGUAAUUUCUGUGCAACCUUAUUAUGUGCAAUAUUUUUAAAUUCUAAGAAAUGUGUGCUUUUGUUUUCAGAUGUUCUGAUUUCUUUUGUUCCGCACUUUUCCAUGUUAUACUCCAUAUGAGUAUUAAUCCUAUGGAUACAUAUUAAAACUAGUAAAUGUCUCAUACAAUAUUGUGUGUGAGUGAGAGAAAUAUACUAUUUACAAUGUAAUGUUCUCUGUUGUCAUUUUAUUCUUAAACUUUACUCUGCAAUUCUAGAGGUAUAUGGGGUAUGUGUAAGCAGUGGCUGCCUUAUACUGAACAUAGACCAUAUUUGAGAAGUUGCUUUUGACUAAUGUGAAGCCCUGAUAUGACCUUGUUUGGUUGCCAUUUGGUAAUUUUUCUUCCUUUCAUAUCCUCAUAAAUUUUGGUAAUUAUAAUUUAGUUUAUUUACUUGCUAAGAUAAGAGCAAGUUUUCUUGCCACCUUGCCAUCUUUUCUCUGUUCAUAAAAGACUUAGCACACAGCUGUUUUUAUUAUUACCUUUAAUUUGAAAACUUUGAAGAAAAUGAAUAUUUUAUUUAUGUAACUUCAUUAUUUCCUGGAGGUUAUACCUACUUCUUUUGUUUGAUACCUUCAGUUUUUAUCUGAGGAUGAUCUGUAG